AUGGUCCUCGCAGGGCUGCUGCUGCUGCUCACCCUGCUAGCUGGCGCUCACCUGCUGUGGGGCCGGUGGAAGCUCAGAAACCUCCACCUCCCACCGCUGGUCCCCGGCUUCCUGCACCUGCUGCAGCCCAACCUCCCCAUCCAUCUGCUGAGCCUGACUCAGAAACUCGGGCCUGUCUACAGGCUUCGCCUUGGGCUGCAAGAGGUGGUGGUGCUGAACUCCAAGAGGACCAUCGAGGAGGCUAUGAUCAGGAAAUGGGUGGAUUUUGCCGGCAGACCCCAGAUACCAUCCUACAAGCUGGUGUCUCAGCGCUGCCAGGACAUCUCUCUGGGGGACUAUUCUCUGCUCUGGAAGGCUCACAAGAAACUCACUCGCUCAGCCUUGCUGCUGGGUAUCCGCAGCUCCAUGGAGCCCUGGGUGGAGCAGCUGACCCAGGAGUUCUGCGAGCGCAUGAAAGUCCAAGCUGGUGCCCCCGUGACCAUCCAGAAGGAAUUCUCUCUCCUCACCUGCAGCAUCAUCUGUUACCUCACUUUUGGAGAUAAGGAGGACACCUUAGUACAUGCCUUUCACGACUGUGUUCAGGACUUGAUGAAGACCUGGGGCCACUGGUCCAUCCAGAUUUUGGACCUGGUUCCUUUUCUCAGGUUCUUCCCCAACCCUGGGCUCUGGAGGCUGAAGCAGGCCAUAGAGAACAGGGACCACAUGGUGGAGAAGCAGCUGAGGCGCCACAAGGAGAGCAUGGUGGCUGGCCAGUGGAAGGAUAUGAUGGACUACAUGCUCCAGGGGGUAGGGAGGCAAAGAGUAGAAGAGGGCCCAGGACAGCUCCUGGAAGGACACGUGCACAUGUCUGUGGUGGACCUUUUCAUUGGGGGCACUGAAACCACGGCGAGCACCCUCUCCUGGGCUGUGGCGUUCCUGCUUCACCACCCUGAGAUUCAGCGCCGCCUUCAGGAGGAGUUGGAUCGUGAGCUGGGCCCCGGAGCCUCCUGCUCCCGAAUCACUUACAAGGACCGUGCUCGGUUGCCUCUGCUCAACGCCACCAUCGCGGAGGUUCUGCGCCUGCGGCCGGUCGUGCCCCUGGCCUUGCAUCACCGCACCACGCGGCCUAGCAGCAUCUUCGGCUACGACAUCCCUGAGGGCAUGGUCGUUAUCCCCAACCUCCAAGGUGCCCACCUGGACGAGACCGUCUGGGAGCAGCCGCACGAGUUUCGGCCGGACCGCUUCCUGGAGCCGGGUGCGAACCCCAGCGCGCUGGCGUUUGGCUGCGGGGCGCGCGUGUGCCUGGGCGAGCCGCUGGCGCGCCUGGAGCUCUUCGUGGUGCUCCUGCGACUGCUGCAGGCCUUCACGCUGCUGCCACCGCCCGUGGGCGCCCUGCCGUCGCUGCAGCCGGAUCCCUACUGCGGCGUCACCCUCAAGGUCCAGCCUUUCCAGGUGCGGCUUCAGCCCCGGGGGAUGGAGGCCGGGACCUGGGAGAGCGCAAGUGCCCAGUGA